CAUCUUUCCGCCACUGAGUGAAGAGGUUUCGAGAGAGCCCUUGGUUCCCCCCAGCUUCUCAAAUGGAAGAACUUUGUGAAAUUCAUCGGGUUGCUGCCCUCCCAAAAGGAGGGCGGGUAGUGGCUCCCAACCCCACUUCCCCGCACCCCCACAGGCAAGGGUCCGCGAAAUACGUCCUUAGAUGCAGUGCACCGAACGCGGGCUGUAAAGCCGGAGAGCGUGCGUAAAGCCGGGCUGUAAAACUUGGGCUGCGGCUCAGUUGCCACCUCAGUUCCUAAAACUGGGGUACAUACUUCACAGGAGAGCUGCGAGGAUUAAAUGCACAUAUAGUAAGCCUCACGGUGCAAAGGUGCAGUCUCUCGAGGCCUGGUUCUCCGACGUGUUUCAGAAGUACCUGUGGUGCGUUUUAAGAUUCUGGGUUUCGCCCAGAUACAGCCUCUGCUGCUGCUGCUGCUGCUGCUGCUGCUGCUGCUGCUGCUUCUUUAAUAAAGGUGCAGCUGUUCACCAAGAUGAAAAGCUGAAGAGGACAGGGAAUGACCUGGAGUUCAAACGGAGACAUUGAAUGGAACAAAGGACUUUUAUCAACGUGGUCCUGAAACAUCAUAACUCCACUGCUAUUCCAGACUGUGCAUUCUAGAAGCAGAGGGGUCAGCUGCUUUUCCAGGGCAUCGUCAGCUUGCUCAAGCUCUCCCGUCCGGCUGGAGUCUGUGCUGCCGCCAGGAUGCAGUGGCGGGACCGCUUGGCUGUGUUCUUCUUCCCACAAGGCAUGGUGCUCACCAUGGCUGCACUGCUACUCUUCUUCAUACACCUGAGCGUCUUCAUCAGUGACGUGAACAAUUUCUGCUUCACCCACCGCUAUGACCGCAUGACCUUUCGCUACACAGUUGUCGUGAUGUUCUGCCAGGUGAUCGGCAUCUGCUGGGCCGCCAUGGGGUCACUCUACGCUGAGUUGAGAGAAGACAAGUUUCUUCGGUGCUUUGCCCUGACCGUCCUGAUGCUCAGUGGAGCCAUAUUCUUCAUCCGCCUGUCCCUGGAGUUUCUGGCCAUGCAGUACCGGGAGGAGACCCACUGAAGCUUGGGGGUUGGGCUGAGAAGGGGGGAAGGAAAAGGAGGCUUUGGGUAUUUUAAUAAAGUCUGCCAUUUAUUUCCA